AUGAGCAUCCUACAGCUGAGCAGAUUUGUGAAUGGAAGCAGAUCGUCCAUGGUGGCAGUUCUCAGUAUCGAGGUGUCACCUAUAACAAACAAUCUACAUGCUGCUCUUGCAUACGACUUUGAAGCAAGGAAAAUUGGACAGCCUGAGCUUCUGUUGAACUUCCCUGAUGAGCAUCCUGCAGCUGAACAGAUUUGUGAAUGGAAGCAGAUUGUCCAUGGUGAAAGUUCUCAGUAUCGAGGUGUCACCUAUGACAAACAAUCUAGCAAGUGGCGGGCACAGAUAAGAAACAGUGGCUCAACCUGCUAUUUGGGAUCCUUCUUGGAGGAAAAGCAUGCUGCUCUUGCAUACUACUUUGAAGCAAGGAAAAGUGGGCUGCCAGAGCACAAGUUAAAUUUUCCAAAUGAGCACCCUACGCAAGAACAGAUUCAACUUUGGCAGGCUUUGCCUGCAGAAAGGAAGCAAAACGUGCCCUCACGUGACUCUUCUUCUCCAGUGAUUGGAGAUGAUGCACGACAAGUUGGCACUGAGCAUGCAAAUGACGAGGAAGAAGAGUUUGGGAUCAAACCCAUCCAUGGUGAAAGUUGCAUCAACGCUACGGAGAGAUGCCAGGAUGGAGCAGUCCAAAACCAAACUCUUUCAGAAACCGACAACGCGACGGUGGGGCUUGGUUCUGCUCUGCCCAUGUUUCUUGUUGGGACACGCUUUCGAAGGACCUUUGAUGGGCAUGGAACUUUUGAGGGUGUCAUUACUUCCUUUGACGGAACUUACUACCACGUUGUCUAUCCAGAAGAUGGAGAUGAAGAAGACUUUAGUGAAGAGGAUCUGGAGGCAUUGGACGAUAUCAAGAUCUUGCCCGCCAGUAACAGUCCGAAAUACCCCGCAGGAACUCGCUUUGUGACGCAAUUGGGCGAAGACAACGUUGAAGGAAUCAUCCAGUCAUUCAAUGGAACACAUUACAAUGUGUGCUACCCAGGAGACGGCGCCCACGGACGGUUGAUGGAGUACGAAUUUGAGAUGGAUCGAAUUCAGGUGUUGUCACCGUCACCUGUACACUCGUCAGCUGCUCGUGGCGACUAUGAAGAAUCGAUUCGUCCAGACGGCGUGACUAGCCGAGUGACUGUUGGCAGUGAGGGCACGACAGCGAUCAACGGUUGCGGCGACAAGAACGAUACCGAAAUGACUGCCAUCAAGAGGAAACACGAAGAAUCACCCGCGCCCGAGAUUUUGAAACGGAAAAAGGCAAAGAGGAGCACAGCCCAUGUCAAAACUGAGCCACGAGACUAA